CAACCCAACCGGAUCCUGGAAUCCAGGCAUGAACUAGGCUGCCUAUGCGUUCUUUACCAGUGAGGGAUAUAAACCCUUUUGCCCCGCGCUGGUUCAAUCUAAAUUUUGUUCGCCCCCAACGAACGAUUAUCAUAUACCAGUUGCCUUGUCUACGACAUGGGUCGCUUCGCUCCUAGUAUACCGGUCCCACUGGGACUUAUACACUCUAUACGAGGCGGUUCAACUCUGCCCGCGGUAUAUCCUGCUCAUAGUACCCGAAUGUACUCGCAGACUCAGAGCGACCAAGUGGCCGCGACUCGUUCCACGAUAGCACAACUCCUGCGCCAAAUAGACUCCAAACACACCGCCCAACAGUACCUCUCUUACUUCAGCACACCCACCUUCUCAUCCCGCCCGUUCGCCGUCAUCAAAGUCGGCGGUGCUAUCCUAGCUGACCACCUCCCAUCUCUUGCGUCCGCGAUUGCCUUCCUAAGCCAAAUUGGCCUCUACCCGAUUCUCGUUCAUGGCGCGGGGCCCCAGCUCAGCACGCUGCUCUCUGCCACGGGGAUCAAGUCAGAGUUCCAUAAUGGCAUCCGCGUUACCGAUGGACGUACCCUGGCACUGGCUCGUACAGCUCUACUCGAGGAGAACUUUAAGCUUGUUCAGGAGCUCGAGAGCAUCGGUGUCUCCGCCCGGCCGUUAACCUCGGGUGUUUUUCAAGCUGAGUACCUUGAUUCAAGCAAGUACGGUCACGUGGGCCGAGUCAACAAGGUUGCAGACUCGUCUAUCCGGGCGGCUCUGCGCGCAUCGUGCGUGCCGGUGCUGACCUGCAUGGGAGAGACUUCCGAUGGCCAGGUUCUCAAUGUACAUGCGGACCUGGCCGCAUCUGCGCUGGCGCGGGUGCUGCGCCCGGAGAAGGUCGUGUACCUUUCCGAGACGGGUGGCUUGGUGAACGGAAGAACCGGAAGAAAAAUGGACGUGAUCAGCCUGGAGUGGUUGCGGAAGCAGGAGUGGACGCGUUUGGGGAUGCGGUGGAGAGUGAGGAUGACGGCCGUGCACGAUUUGUUGGAGGGAAAGGAAGGGGAAGAGGUAAGGGUGUCAGUAGUACAUCCUCGGGGGCUGUUGAAGGAGGUCUUUGCGGGCGAAGGCCAUGGAGAAGGGACGGUGAUCCGAAGGGCUAAGGCUAGGAAAGAAGUUGCUCCUGGGCCCGUGGCAAGAGGAAGCGAGAUGAUGGUGGGCCUGGUUGAUGGGCAGGCGGGACUGCAGCAGCAGGGUGCUAUGGUCUGACCAGGAGACUUGCCCUGGCGGUGUCGAUGGGACUUUUCUUAUCACAAUCUACUUGCAAUACAUACAUUAAUCGAUUCCAAGGGAUGCUCACUCUGGCACCCUGCGAACCCGCACCGGGUCAACCUCGGCCCAGCCCUAAGCUGCAGAGUGCCAACAUCCUGA